UAUAUAUAGAGAGGGAUGUUGGAGUGGAUAGUCAAACAAGUGAAACGUCGACUCACAAUGAAGUCUUUUGCAAUGUUGAUAGCUUUGUGUCUUCUAAUGAAGGCCGAAGCUAUGGAAAAAACAAUCGAUGAAAUAAUGGAGGAAGCCAAUAACGACAGUAUGAGUUAUGACCUAGUGAUGAGUGGAUCAUCCUCUAAUCCCACGGUCAGAAUUGAGAGGGAUAUCCUCGUGAGUUUGGACGAGUACAUGGAUAGACAGAAAGACAUGAUGGAGGAAGAAAAGACGGGCAAAAGAAUGAAAAGGAAAGCCACACCGUCAAGAAGAUGGCCAAAUGCAAUCGUUCCAUAUGAACUCGCACCUAACACAUUCAGCAGUGCACAACUCACACAAAUUAACCAGGCCAUAACGGAUUGGAAUAGAGAAACCUGUUUGAACUUUCGGCCAAGAAAUGGUGAAGCGGCCGCCGUCAGAUUUCAAAACGGCCAAGGAUGUUCGUCAUUUGUCGGAAGGAUUGGAAAUGUUCAGCCUAUUAGUUUGGCCAAUGGAUGUCGAAUCAAAAGAAUCAUUGUUCACGAAAUGGGGCAUGCCAUUGGGUUCAACCAUGAGCAAUCGAGAAAUGACAGAGACAGAUUUGUGAGAAUUCGAACCGAAAAUAUUCCACAGCCUGUUCUUUUUAACUUCCAAAAGCUGCCAACUAAUCAAGUGACCAAUCUGGGCGUUCCUUAUGACUAUCGCAGUGUGAUGCACUAUGGAGCACGGGAUUUUUCAACAAAUGGCCAAAUUACAGUCCAAACUCUCGAUACAAAUUUCCAAAACAUCAUAGGCAGAGCUCCAGGAUUGAGUUUUAGAGACAUCCGACUUGCAAACGCCAUGUACAACUGCGCUGGAAGCUGUCCAGCGAUGAACUGUCCAGGAGAAGGUUUUGUUGGCAAAGACUGCCAAUGUAAAUGCCCAACCAACGAUCCAAAUAACCCAAUUCAAAACUGCGUCGGAACUGCAGCGUCUACCACUACUACUGCAGCCCCACCCACAUCCGCUCCAACCAAUGAUUGCUCUGACAUGAACAUGUACUGCAGCUAUUGGGCUGGACAAGGCUAUUGCGAAACAAGCAGAUAUAUGAUGAUGUAUUGCAAAGAAUCGUGCAGGAUUUGUAACGACCCAAAACGAUGCGAAGAUAUGGGACAAUCAUGCGGACUACUCCAGCAAAGGGGCUUCUGCAGUGUUAAUUUCUUUAGAAAUUACAUGCAGGCAAACUGUGCAGCUACAUGCGGCUUUUGCAGAGCGGGGGAGUUACUUGCAGCUGACGGAAGCCCGUUAAACAAAGCUUCCAUCCUGGAAUCUGCCAGUGCGCUCUUAAUGCUUGCCGUGGUCGCUGUUUGGAGGAUUUUGUGAUCCUGAAAGUGUUGCAAUACGUGCAAUAUAAACCAUAGAAAAGACACGUAAACCGAUGUAGUUUUAUGUUCUUGUCAUCAAAGCAUAUCAUCAACAGACUUAUGAUUUUAUUUUUAUGCAUGAGGGUCAAUCUCAUUUACCAUUUUAUUUAUCUGCUAGUCUUGUUUACUGUUAAAUGGGCUUACAGUGGCUUUCUCGCGAUACAAUUCUUGGUUACUUUGUUCAUUUUGGCCCGAAAACUUACGGAGAUUCAAUGAUUUUUCACCGUUAGAUGUUUGUCGGUAGGUAAGAACUUUAAAACAUGAUUAUUCCAUGUAAUGACAUUGCUUGUGACAGUAACUGACAAAUGAAGGCCAGUUCUAGUUUUUUUUCCAAAUGUGAUUGUAUAUGUAUGUCUUAUGUCAGGCCAAAUAAAGUUCUGCCGAGUUUCUA